GAUAGAUGCAUAAUCCUUUUCCACACCUUUGGGUAUUAACGCAACCAUGACUCGCGGACCAAAAAGGCACAUGAAGCGGCUAGCCGCCCCCAAGCACUGGAUGCUGGACAAGCUCACCGGUGUGUGGGCUCCCAAGGCCUCCAGUGGUCCCCACAAGGCACGUGAAUGCAUGCCUUUGGUGAUCUUCCUGCGCAACCGUCUUAAGUACGCUUUGACUGGUGACGAGGUUAAGAUGAUUGUCAAGCAGCGUCUAGUUAAGGUUGAUGGACGUAUUCGCACCGACCCUACUUUCCCCGCUGGUUUCAUGGAUGUUAUCUCUCUCGAGAAGACCGGUGAGAACUUCCGUCUGAUCUACGACAACAAGGGCCGUUUCGCUAUCCACCGUAUCACUACUGAGGAGGCCGAGUACAAGCUGUGUCAGGUUAAGAAGGUCGCCUUGGGCCCCAAGGGUAUCCCAUACUGCACCACCCACGACAGUCGCACCAUCCGUUUCCCCGACCCCUUGGUCAAGGUCAACGAUACCGUUAAGGUUAACAUCGAGACUGGCAAGAUCGAGGACUUCGCCAAGUUCGAGCACGGAAACGUCGCUAUGGUCAACGGUGGACGUUCUCUAGGUCGCGUUGGUAUCAUCACACACACCGAGCGUCACCACGGAGGUUUCGACAUUGUGCAUCUUAAGGAUGUUCUUGGUCACGAGUUCGCGACCCGUCUAUCUAACGUAUUCGUUAUCGGCAAGGGUAACAAGCCCUGGGUAUCGCUACCCAAGGGUAAGGGUGUACGUCUAACGAUUGCGGAGGAGCGUGACCGUCGCCUGGGCCACAAGACCACUGCUUAAAUUAGUUGUGUGGACUAAUACUGGGUAAUAAAUCAAAUAAGUAAAUCUAGGUGCUGGAUUGGCCAUCUCAAAGCCGGA